AUGUCAACAUGGAUAAACAAAAAGUUAAUAUCAUUUUCAGAGAAAGUAAUUGAAAAUGUGAUAGACUCCUUUGCCAACAAGAAUGCACCAAUUGAGAAUAUUCAGAAUAUACAGGGGACGCAAUUAGGAAAAAUAAUAAGCAAAGUAAUCUCAUCAAAAUAUUUUUUCAAAAAUGACGAUAUAUGUUACAAUGCAAAGGACUUAGACUUCAACUGGAAUUUGAAAAAGAGGACAAAAAGGAGAAAACAAAUUCGGAGCAGAGUUAUAACAAAAUCAAUUGAGGAUGAACUAUUUGAUGAGAAUCAAAAUAGAAGGAGAGGAGGAGAUCAAAGAAAGAGGAGUGUGCAAAAUGGGAGAAAAGGGCAAAAAAAAUCCAUAAGAAAAAGAAUACCACGACAAAGUAGUGACAGCCAGAGUAAGGCGCGUGAUCUGAGUAUAGAUAAACACGGAGAAGAUGUUUAUAAUUAUGUGUAUAAAGAUGAAAAAGAUACGAAUCAGCUAAAAAUUGACGAAUCAUACAUUACUUCUGCACUCUCAUUGAAUGCUAGGAAUGUAGCAAGCGAAACUGAUGAAAAUAAAAAAGGAUCAAUGAUAAAAAAAGAUGUAUUAUUUAAUUCUAGUGUGUGUAGUGUUUUGAGUGAAGUAAAAAAUAAAGCAUCAUCUUUUAAUUCAAACGAAGCCGCUGGAUAUGUCUCAGUGUCUUUCUGUACAUCGAAUUAUUCUUCAGAUACGUCAACAAGUGUAUCUGCUAAUUCGUUCAAAGAAUCGUCAUCAAUCGAUACGAAUGAAAAGUCAUCAUCGAACGUUCUGUCAUCCUCCUGCUGUUCGUUUAAGACGGAAAAGGCUUCUCCACAAAUGGGUCGCAAUGAGAAGGAGGCUGUAAAUGGGGGCGGUUUGGGUAGUGAGUUGGGUAGCGGCUUGUGUAGUGGUUUGCAUAAUGAUCUGCAGAACAACUCGUUCAACUCCAACAUUCUAUCAACGGAUAAGGAUGCAUGUGUGAUGCAGAAGGAGAGCAGCUUGUGUAAAAUAAAUGUUUUUGUGAAAGAAGCGAAACUGCUCUUUUUUAACAAAAACGUGAGUAUAAGUGAUAUAUCAAUAUAUGUAACAACGAUAAUAGAGGAUAAGAAGUAUGUGGGUAAGUUAAGAAAAUUGAGCUCCAAAACUUUGCCUAUGAACAACUUGACAUUUAAUGAAUGCGUAAAUCAUAACCUGAAGGACAUAUUUUCAGAUAUCGUUAUAAAUAUAAAAUAUAAAAAUCGAAAAAAAGAAAAAGAAGACAUGAUUUUAGGAAGAGUAAUUAUACCACUAUUUUUACUUUUGAAUACGUAUAAAUGUAAAAUGAAAAGAAUAAAAAAUAAGAUAAAAUAUUGUACGAAAUGUUUUUUAUGGUUACAUAUAUUUCCAUCAAAUAAUAAAUUAUUUAAUUAUAAAUUUUUUAAGCCUGUAGAAGGUUUCGAGGAAUAUGGAAUGUUAAAUCCAUUGUAUACAUUAGGUUUCUUAAGUGUACAAGUAAAAAUUAUUUUUAAGAGAAAUCCUUUACUUUUAACCUUUUUUAGUAAUAUUAGGAAGCCCUUAUUUUAUUAUAAAAUGCCUAUACAAUUUGAACCUUUAUAUUGUCAGUAUUAUACUGAAAACUUUUUUGUCUAUGUUACUCAGUUACCUAUAUGGUUGUACAAAUUUUUUUACAUAUUUAAUUCGAAGAGAAUAGAAAUUGUUCCUUUGAAUUAUUAUGAUUAUGUUUUCAUUUUUUUUUUUUGGUUAUUUUUUUUUCGUUUGAUUGUUAUAUGUCCCUUUUUUCAUAUCUUUGUUCAUCUAUUUUUCUGUAUCAUUUUUAUAUCCCUUUCGUAUAAAUAUGGUAUGAUUAGAUAUAGCAGAAAUGUAACAUAUAACUUUAGGCCAGUUCAGAUGAGGAGGAAUGAAAUGACUUAUAAACAUACGAAAUGUAAGGCAAACACAUCGUUAUAUACCCCUUCUAAUGAUACAAAAAAUGUUCAUUUUUUUGAUAAGAACAGAAGGAUAUCUCUUACUGCUAAUGAUAUAGACUCAAAUUAUUGCAAAAGUCCAUGUAUUAUGAGUGAUGAUGAUAAUACUGAUAAAGCUUUAUCUCCUGGGGAUGGGGUACACGUAACUAAUAAAAAAUUAUCAGGCGAAUGUACCUCAGCAAAACGGGGGGAGGAAGGUACACAUUCCAAAACUAUACUAAGUGUUUAUGACACAUACAAAUCUUUCAUAGCAAAGGGGGACCUGAAAAAUGUUUUCAAGGGAAUUGUAAUUGAUAGUAAGGAUAGAAGCAAUGGGGUGAAAGACAAAAAAAAAAAGAAUGAAGGAGGAGGGGAAGCAGCUUUUAGGGGAAAAAAUGGAUGUGAUGCUAACAGCUUGAAUAGUACAAACAGUCUUGUCAACGAACUGAACACUAACAGUAGCUUAAACAGUAACUUAGGCAGAACAUUAAACAGUACAUUAAACAGCAUGAAUAAAACGAGUAACAGCAGCGGAAAGGUGGUGUUCUUUCGAAUUGAAGAAAACUGCUUUGUGAAAAAGGACGACACUGUGAAUGAUGAUAAUGCGAAUGAUGAUAAUGCGAAUGAUGAUAAUGCAAAUGAUGAUAAUUCGAAUGAUGAUAAUGCGAAUGAUGGCAGUGUGAAGAAGACAGAUGACAUACUGAAGGAAGAGAAAAAAGAUGCUGGGGUUGAAGCUAAUAUAUCAGUGAGGAAAACGAAUGAGGGGAAAUUGGACAUGCUAAAUGUUUCUGAAGAAAUAAACAACAAAAUUAACAAUAUGACAAAAUUUGCAAAAAAAUUACAGCACAUGAUGUUUGAUAGUAAGGACAAAAACAAACUGGAUUAUUUUGACAAGGGAAAAAGUUUAAAUAAAUUCAUGAGCAUGUUCAAUGGGAAAAAUGAAAAGAGUGAAAAAAUUCAUUCGGAUGGCACGGAAAAUGAGGAAGGGGAAGAAGAAGAAGAGAGAGGGGAGGAGGAGGAGGAGGAGAAAGAGGAGGAAGAGAAAGAGACGGAUGAGGAUGCGUAUGAAGAUGAAGAUGAAUAUAUCCAUGUGGGGGAGGAAAAGGAAUAUCUUUUAAGUGACAGAAGAGGCGGUAAAAGUAAAAGUCAAAAAAAAGAUGAUCCGGAUGACUUACCAAGCAGUGCACAAAAGAAGGUGCAACGUUUGGGUCACAACAAGGGAAGAGAUAAAUACAAUAGAGAGAUAGAUAAGGAAAAGAAGUACAUUCAACAUGGAUCCAAAAUGAAUAAGACAGUAUACACAAACGAUAUAAGAUUAAAUUCGUCAUGUACCAUAUCAGAUGAAAAGAGUGUAGAUUACCACAUGCGAAUAAAUAAUGAUGUUAUUCCUAAUUCACUUAUAGUAAAUAAUAAGAAGAUAUCAAUUAGUAGUAGUAAGAUGGAAAGCACAAAUAUGACAUAUAAAAAUUUUGUUACUCUUUCUUCAGAUAAUAAUAAUAGGGGAGGAGAUAGUCAUUACUGUUAUUCUAAUAAUAUAUUAGAAUCAAAAUUUACAAAAAAGAAUUUUAUUUUAGAUACAUUUAAGAAUAAUAUGUCGUUAUCUAAUGAAACAAAAAAUACAAAUGAUAUAAAAAAGAAAUAUUCAUUUAUGCCAAUUGUAAAAUCACCAUUUCAUAAUUUUUAUUUGUGUAUGAGUACUAUUGAUAAUAGAAGUAUAUCAAUAUUUUCAAAUAAUAUAGAUGUGCCUAAUGUACAUUUACUACUUAAUAGAUGUCUGAAUAUGAUAACAUUAACUCAGAAUUUCACGGGCAUAUUUACUAUAAUAUAUGAGAAGAUAAAUUAUGCAUUCAAUUGGGAUUUUAGUUUCUAUACUAUUGUAAAUAUAUUAAUUUUGUUUUUUUUAUGUUAUAGUAUUUCUUUAAUUUUGUACAUCUUAUCUUUUAUUCCUUUUCUUUUUUAUCGAUUCCUUUUUUUCCUCUUUCUCUCACUGGUUAUUAUAAGAAGUUAUGAGUUAACGGAAGCAGGACAUAGAGCUAGUUUAUAUUACAAGAAAAAGAAAAAAAAAUGUAACAGUAAAAAAGGCAUGAAAUGUUUAGGAUUGCAGGUUUAUAAUAAAAUUUUUAUUAGGAUUAUAAAAAAUAUAUUAAAGAAUGAAGAGGAGAAAUCUAUCAAGUAUCUCUUUUGGAAAUUCAUUUUCAAGAUUUACAAAUAUGUUAGCAAGAAUGCUAGCAAACAUGCAUACACAGUUCUUCUCUAUAUUUCUUUUGUUUUAUUUUUUCUAAAAAAUUGGUUUAGAAGACUUUUAAUAUUAAAGGAUAUUGAGCACAUGAAGAUAGCUAGGCUACAGGCCUUUAAAAAUUUGUAUUUUUUUAUACAUAACCGACUGACCAGGAAGGAAGCGAUGUAUGCUGGUGCUAGCAGUAACAACAAUAAUGCAGCUGGCGGUAAUAGCAAUAGUGCCGCUAGAAGCAACCCUGAUGUAAGUAAUAGCAACAUUGCCACUAGCAGUAACGACAAUAAUGCUGCUACGUGUGAUAGUAGUAACAACACUAUGAAAGUGAGCGAGCACAACAAUGGCUGUAAUAGUAGUAAUAGAAUAAACGAAAUAUUCUCUCUUAAUAGAAAAAGUUCGGGAGAAAAGAAAUGUACAUCAACAGAUGAGAAAAAUAAAAAAAAAUUUUUGAAUCCACAAGUAUAUGAUACUUUUAGAAGUGUUGAAGAGUGUAUUUAUUCCUCUAGCGAUAGGGAGGAAGCACCUAGUGUAAUAAAUGAUAACAAGGUUGUAAAUAUGGAUGAAGAUGACGACGAUGAUGUCGAUUCUGUAAGUCAGCUAACGGAUAACGGUACAAUGAAUGUUAACGUUGAUAUAUUCCUUCACUAUUAUUUCAAGAAAAGGAAGUACGACCUCUUCAAUAACUUCAUAAACAUUAACCGGAACCAUAUGUAUAUGUACAAGGACAUAAACUUGCUGAACCAUAAUGAAGAACAAAAAUUGAACUCGAUAAAUUACGAGGAAUAUUUUAAUGGCUUAAACAAUUACUCAAGCUCGUAUGACAACAACAAAAAAAGAAGAAGUUAA